AAAACAGCUAGAACGAGCCUUAUUGAGCAGAGAUCAGACAGCAUUUGCAGUAAACCUGUGAGGAACUGGAAGUACAAACAAAUAAUAAAAAAAGGAUUAUAAAAGGAUUGUGACAGAUUAGUUGUCUUGCUCACAAAUAAAUGUUUCUGAGAAACUAGGAUUAUUGUAAUGAUGCAUGCUUAAAAUGUGCAAAAACUCUCAGUAUUAUCAUUUAUAAUAUAUAAACAUAAUAUAUACAUGUAAUAUGAUAAACAUUCUAUAAAAUAUUAUUUUUCUAUUUAUAUAAAAUACUUGUAUAUUUUAUAUAAUUUUUGAAUAAUACAUUUAUUAAAUAAAAUGUGUUAUGUGAGAAUAACCCACUCACUCUUUAUACUUGUUAACCGACUGCAGUUUAUAUUUAAAUCUUCCUUUGGUAUUUUGUAUCUUUUCUGGGUGACUUUAUUGAGCAUUUGAAGUACAUUAGCCCAUUUUUUGCCUUUUGUUUUAGGAGAAUGCCUGAGGUAAAUGAAAAAGUCUCAAUAACAGCCCCAGAGUUGGAGACUCCGCCCUUAAGGUCAGAUACAGGGCCUGUGAUUAGCGGACUGCGUUUUCGAUCUGCACCAGGGGCUUGUUUGUUGUUUGCUGGUGUUUUGCUGAUAGCAGGAAUCUGCGUCGCAGUGGUGGGGUACUGGAACAAUCAACCCCGCAGACAAACCCCACAUCAUGUUUCAACAGGACGCACCUCUUCAGAGAAACUGAAGCUGAUUGGUCCUGUCAUCAUGGGGGUGGGGCUUUUCAUCUUUAUUUGUGCCAAUACAAUUCUCUAUGAAAAUCGUGACCGAGAACAACGUCAUGAUCGAGACCAACAUAAAGAUGACCAGGAGAUCCUGCCACUGGUACAAACUCACAGGAAUAAUCCUUCAAAACGCUUCUCACAAACAGAAAUCAACACCAACGCACAUACAUUGGACUUGUCUGAACUCAACGUCCAUUGCUUAGAAGAAGGGGCUGGAAUUCCUACCCUUAAGUGUUCUUCGCCAUCCUCUGGCUCAUGUAGCUCCAGUCAAGUGAACUUGGAAACCGGCUCACCCCUCCGAGAUCGCAGACACAUGGAAAGAUUGGCCUUGCCUGUCAUUAAACUCAAUGACUGUCUGAUUGGCUCCUCAGACCCAGUGCCUCCACCUCUCCCUGAACGGACAUACCGGAACAAAUUGGGAGUGGAAAAUAUAACAAAUGUGGAGCUAACACAAGUGAACAUUGCAGAUUCGUCUAAUGACAUUGAACAAAAAGAGCCAAAGGAUCGGUAGACUUGUAUGACUGUUGUCCUCAUUAAAGUCCACAUAGUGAAUAUAUUGAAUAUAUUCAACCCAAAAGAUGUUAGGGCUGAGUAUAGAACAGAUUUCUCAAUUUGAUUCGAUUCUGAUUCAUUUGGGUGUAUUUCCAUUAUAAGGUCCAAUUUGCUUACAGUUUUUUCACUGUUAUUGCUGUAAUAAUAUAGUGUUUGAGAUCGAUUUAAGUUAGCUUGUCAUUUUGAACCCACUCAUUUGCAUGAAUCAGGAUUCAGCGGUUGGUUGCACUGUAUGUUUUUGAUUCACUUAAAAGAACAAGCUCAUAAGAGUCAUUUGUUCAUGAAUCAGACUAUACUGGUCAUGUGUUUCUUUUUAUCUAAACAGUUGUUUGGUGUCAUCAGGUCGCAGUACACAGUCUUUUUAUUAAAUCACAGUAUACAGAACUCACAUUCACAACUCGGGUUAAAGAUUAUUUCUUUUACUAUGGUGCUAAAAAGAGUAAAAGAUCAAUCUUGAGAUUUUAAGAUUCGUUAUUAAUCGGUUCACAAUUAACCAGAAACUCUGUAUUUUACUCCCAUCCCCAAAUUACAUUUUUGUCACUUUAAAAUCACUUUAGCUUAGGUUAGGUUAACCCUGAGCUUAGGAUUUUCUGAGAGAAAUAGUUGAUUUUCAUGUAAGUGGAUGAGUAUCUAGAGAUUUGAUGAGAAAUUUGAAGUUUUUGAAUAAAUCUUAUUUUGUAUUGUUACUUUAUUCCGGUGUCUUUUUUUCAUAUAGUUGCUUUGUAAAACGCAUUUGCUUUAUUGUAGUUUGCUUGAUAGAUUGUUACCUGACUUGAGAGAGUUACAUAAGGCUUUGUAGAUGUUUUUUUUUCAUGUGAAUGUUAAGUAAUCAAUUAUGUAUGAUCCUAUUUUCUAAUGUGGUGCCACCCACACAUGCCCAAAAGAAUAGAGAUUGCACUAUGUGUCAUUGUGUUUGUAUGUAUUGCUGGUCUUUAUAGUUCACAUAAAUGUCACCGCGAAUAUGAAAGGCGGCCACCUGUGAGACACAUAAAUAGACACGUGUGCAUACAAACAGCUUCUUCUCCUGUCUUAACAGUUCUGCAUCCAGCAUGUUGAAAUUGUUAGAGACUGAAAGACAAGCUUCUAGAAGUCACAGCACAAAGUGUUGUGAGUCACAUGCAGUCAUACAGUAGUGACUAAUGUUCAUUUUGAUUAGUUUAGGUUAACCCUGAAUUGUGCGAUUGCUGCAAAACCAGUACAACUGUCUGGUACCCAGCAAAAGAGCUUAGUAAUGUGGAUUAAAAGUCACUUUAACAGUUCACUAUACACUAAGGGAUGAAGGAUGGUCUGGUUAGUAUGGUCUCGUGAGCCCCUGCUGGUGGAAGUUGACUACAGUACUAAACAGUAUAAAGUCUUUCCUUAUUAGUAAUUCUGUCUUGUUUUACAGCUAAAUAU